AUGUCCGCUUUCCUGCAGAGCUUUGCUCCAACCCUAAUCAAACCCACCUUAACAAAGCUUAUCAAGAUCUUCAGGAUUAUGAGAAAAUUACUGGCAGAUGAAUAUGACCAAGAUUUAAUCCAUGCUUCUUUCUUUUUCUCAGCAGACAUUACUAGGCUUGGUUCCACUGAUUUUAGUGGUGUAAAUAACUUUAGCACCUUCCUAUUGGACCGUGUGUCUGGGAUGCUCUACCUUGGUGCACGGGAUGCAGUCAUCGCUGUGGAUACUGCUAAUCUAUCAAAGAGGAAGAUGAUUGAAUGGAGUGUUCCAGAAGAAAAGAGGAAAUCUUGUGUUGCUAAAGGAAAAACAGAGGACGAUUGCAGGAACUAUGUCCGCCUGCUGGAGUUUCUGGAUGAUGCACGUAUAUAUGCCUGUGGGACCUUUGCCUUUGAUCCCCAGUGUGCAUUUAUUAACAUCUCUUCAUUCUCUCUGGAGAAAACUGAAGAUGGUAGCAUGAAGAUGGAGACAGGGAAGGGGAAAUGUCCCUUUGAGCCCAGCCAGCAUUACACAGCAGUCAUGGCAGGAGGGAUCCUUUACACUGCUGCCACAAGUAACUUUCUAGGCACAAUGUAUGACAUAUCCAGGGCAACAGGCAUCGAGCAGGAACGCAUCCGCACUGAACAAUCAAUCAAUUGGCUUAGUGAUCCAGAGUUUGUCAGUUCUGCCUUCAUCCAAGAGGAUAAGAAGAACAAUCCUACUGGUGAAGAUGACAAAAUUUACUUUUUCUUCACUGAAGUAGCUAAAGAAUAUGACCUUUACGCCAAGGUCAAAGUGCCCCGAGUGGCCAGAGUCUGCAAGUCUGAUGUGGGUGGUAUGAAGACUUUGCAGAGGAGGUGGACGACAUUUCUGAAGGCCCAGCUGGUGUGUGAAGAUCGAGCAAGUGGACAGCGAUUUAACGUUCUGACUGAUGUGUUCACUGUACAGCACCAGCCUGGAGACCCCAGCAGCACACACUUCUAUGGCAUAUUCACCUCACAGUGGGAAAGAGGGGAGCUGUCAGCCGUGUGUGUGUACAGUCUGGAGGAGAUCACCAAGGUGAUGAAUGGACCCUUUAAAGAAUUGAAAAAGACCUGUGAGACCUGGAUAAACCCAGAGCCUAUACCAACACCCAGACCAGGACAGUGUUUAAAUAGUGCUCUGAUGGAGCAAGGCUUUGAGUCCUCCCUGAAGCUACCUGAUAAAGUGCUGACAUUCGUGCGUGAUCACCCGCUUAUGGAGAACAGUGUGGUGGCAGCACCCCUGAUGAUAAGAAAUGGAAUCACAUACACUAAACUUGCCGUUACCUUAACAAUGGCCUCCAGUGGCCUGAAGCAACACAUGACUACUGUUUUGCACCUUGGAACAGAUCAUGGAGAGCUGCACAAAGUCGCUGUAGUUGGUCCGAAUGCAACUCUUAUUGAAGAAGUCCCUCUGUUUUCUGCACAGGAGCCAGUGAAUAACAUAUUGCUAUACAAAGAUGAGGCUCUGGUGGGCACUCCUCUCUCUCUGGUGAAGUUACCCAUAGUGGGAUGUUCUCUGUACUCUACCUGCGAGGUGUGUGCACGUGCCCGAAGUCUUGGCUGCGUAUGGAGGCAUAAAGAGGGAAAUUGUGCUUUGAAGCCUGGUGAACUGGUAGAAGCAGAUGAUUUGGUCAGGCAAUGCGACAAAGAAGAAGGUCUUUGCUCCCCGCCUGUAAUCGAAAUGCGUGUCGUAAAGGGUCUGCGUGUCAUGCUUUCUUGUGUGCAACUGUCUCCUCGUCCCUGCCACUGGGACCAUCCUUUACAUAGUCACACCCGCCGCCACAACAAUGACCUGGAGGUGCAGGUCACAGAGAAGAGCCUAGGCACCUAUGUGUGUCUAUGUGAUGAAGCAGGCAGAGAUCAGCCACCCUGCCGCAGAGCUGAGUACCAGCUGACCCUUGACAACCCCAGCAUGGAGGGGAACGUGGCCAUUGCAGGUGGCCGACACUUCCUGGCUUCACACAUCAUUUUUUUCGUUGUAGGUUUUGUAUUGGGUGUCAUCCUGUUGUUUCUAAUUUACAAACGGCAAGGUGGCAUGAGAGGGGGCGGGAACUCAUCAUCCACGUUGGAAAAGGGGCGGGACUUGCUUCCUUCUACAGACACACCACAGUCUCCAAGCAGCGCCAGUUUCAUAUCAGAGGCGGUUCCAUUAACCGAGAAAAGGAACGGGACACUGAAUGGUCAUGGACACAAUAUGCACCCGGCUGGGAACAACAGCAGGCAUAUUUAUUCUAACUCCAGUGGACUGAAACUGCAGGAAUCAGCUGUGAACCUAGCGGAGGAGCUGGAUGGUACAGAAAGGGCGGGAUCAGAUGGGGAUGAGGAGGGAUUGGGGGAGGCCCUAUGUAAGAUGGAGGAGGAGUUUUCUAAGAUUCCUUGUCCAAGAGGAGCACCUCUGGCAAAGUGUGAAGAAAGCUCUAUCUAAACACCAGCACAAACGUGAUUUUUGCGACUACACUCUGUGAAAGGCUCGCAAACACAGAUGGAGGGCUGGAGGAGAAGAGGAAAGCAGACAAUCAAAAAAACUGAUACACAUUCCAAAUAAACGAUUGGCAUGCGCAGUCGCACAAAGAAACACACAAACCAAUAAACUGCAUUUGUUGGAGGCUCCUCUACUACUCCUUUAAGUCACUGUCCAGUCCAUUCAUCCCUGUGUACAUAACAUGCUGUGUAGAUCUGUGUCUAUCCUACUGUUUCUGCAUGUAUUUUUUAGACGAAUAGGCACUUUUGUGUACCAUCCUCAAAGCCAUGCGCACCCACAUGGAAAUACACAGUCUGUGCAUCUGUGUGUGUGUAGAUCUUAGUUGCUCGGUCUGUUUCCUCUUUGAGGAUUCAAAGUCCAAAAAGGUCUUUCAGAGGCAUAUGACCCCUCCGCAACCCAGAGCAGCACAAAGCCAGGAAGAAUCUGCUAAUUCUGGGCUGAUUACUGAAAUAAAAUAAUUUGAUUUGUCACCAAAAAGGGCUUUCAAGCAAGAAACCCCUCUGUGAUUGAUGCUUCACAGCAGCAAAUAAUGAAUGAAUGAUAAAGAGACCUGAAAUGUGAUUUUUGCCUUACAUGUAAAGCAGUUUGCGUACUGCUAAUGAAGGUACUGUGGCCUAUGGUAGGGCUGGAUUGUGGCGCCCUGCAAGAGAAAGGAACAUAAAGCGGCCCUCAGAGCAUAUAGUAUGAGCUGGCUCCCUGGACCCCUUGAUGUAAAAGAAUGAAUAGGGGCUUUCGCACUGGAGACACCUUUCAUAGCUCCUAGAACUAUUGGCAGAUGUACCCGCUUUUUGGCGUGUUUGCACCACAGGAACUAGGAACGGUUUUAGUUCUAGGAGCUCAGUUAGCUCCUACUUCAGAAUAGGGUCUAAAACAGUUCUACUACCAUUGACGUUAGUGUAUGCUUAUCGGCUACAUUAAAAAGCCAUGUAAAAAUACUUAAUCCAUGAACAUGGAAAACAGCAAUAACAGCAUUUACCUGUUGUCUGUUGUUUUGUUCUUAUCUCAGCCUCAAUAUGUAACACUGCAAGUUGUCAUAGGAAAUUUCGUCUCUUAGUCCAACUUUUUGCUCUUUCAGUCAUGUAAAUUGUGCAUUUACAGUCCAUCUCCAUUAUCAAAAAACAAAACAAAAACAGCUCCAAUCAUGUCAUUCUCCAUUCACCGGUUCUUGAUGUUUGUAAAUGUAUUGAAUAAAGAUGCCGCUGUCGGCUGCUUCAAAGUUCCAGCCGGUGUGAAUGCAAGCAGGAAAACAGCCAGAGCAAGAACCUGGUUCUCAAGAGACCACCUUGCAGACUAGUUCCUAGAACUACGCGGUGCGAAAGCCCCUGUUGACAUGGACCACCAAAGAGUGUGCCAAUGGGCCUUAUGGACAUGAUUCGAUCCGGGACUAUAGUACCCCAGUCUGAGUGAAGAGAGAAAAUUAUUAACUAUUUAGCAGUCUUCUCCUGUAUGUCAGACGUCUGAACUGAUAGUAGAUAGUGAAAAUGGGACUUUACUUGACCACUGCAAAGUCAAUCAGUCACAUUCAGAGCAAGGGACUUGUUCUUCUCUGGAAUGGGGCUGCCAGUGUUUUGUGGUGUCACGAGAAGCAGUCAAACCACUGUCAUCCGUACAGGGACCAGAUGUAGCAUGUUCUCUUCAUAAUAAUCUGCACAGACAAAGGACCCCAAGAUGAUGGACGUCGCUUUAUAUUGUUUAGCAUGAAUGCCUAUUGAAACUACAAGGAAAUCAUCAAAACGGAAAUGAAGAGUGAAGGAUUGAUACAUAAUAAUUGAUUGUUUAGAGUUUCCCUUUAAGGACAACGAAUGUGGCUCAUUUGAAGGUAUAUUUAUCCCCAGUAAAGUGCAUGAUACAAAGUAGCCAUGAACACAGAGCUACAGAUUUGUAAUACAAUGAUCAGGGGCAACAGGUUAACGUAAAGCACUCCAAAGAGUGUUCUAUUUAUGUAGCCACAAUGAUGUCUGUUUCAGAAGUAUGUAAAUAUUUGUGAAUAUAAAAGAAAAUGAGAGUAAAGAUUUUUAUUCUCUCGUUUCACCACUUGUUGGGCAUGGUCUGGGUGGGAGACGAGUGUCAAACAGUCCCUCUGCCAGCCUAAAUGUUGGAUCACAUUUAAAUGCCAUUUCCUGCCAUAUUCCAUUAGAAUAACUUGGAUCUACUUACAUUCUCCAUUUAUUUAUUUUGUAUUUUUAUAUAUAUAUAUAUUUGUAACAUAAUGUCAAAGUGACAGUAACAAUCGGGAUUAUGUACAAUAUAUCUUGUCUUCUAAAUCUUCAUCAGCACUCAAUAAAAUAAUGACAACAGGUACAUUCAACCCCGUAAAAUCCUCGUUUAAAAAUCCUGAUCUUCUUUUGAGGUGAUAGUUAUGUGAUAGUUUCAAAUAAACCUUCAACCCUCUCAAUGUACAAUAGUAAAUCUGCUGUAGUUUAACUUGUCCACAUGGUUUUAUGUUAAUAUUAUUGAAAAUAACUGAUCAUUUAGUGUUACAUGCUCUUUGUUGUUUAUUCCGAAUAAAGACAUAUGUUCAUUAAUGUACA